AAUGCGGGCUUUAAGGACGAAGAUGUACCAAAAACAUUCCUCAUCCGUAGUUUUGUUGCUCUGAACAACACUCUGAGUUUAUUUACAAGACAUGACACCGGAUUCUCCUUAGUCAUGGCUUUCGGAGAACCGGCACUUCAAAAUGAUUGUCGCAUAUAUCGUUUUUUGAACAAGGAAGUGUACGAUUGCAGCGAAGUUACUGUACCGGCGAUUUUCCAAAUUACCUACCGUAUAAACGUUAAAUAUAAUUUUGUGAACACAAAAAAUGUACUUUUUGCGGACAUCCAGGCCAGAAUUUCGGGACACAUGCGCACCCAUCCUGCAAAUUCCAGCUGCAUCAUUGAUUCGCUUUCUUUCACAAAGACAACCGAACACGUUACAGUGGCGAUCGACCUUCCCUAUGUAAAUAUUCCCGCAUCGAUACUGCAGACAACUCUUGCAUCACACCUUGCCCAUUUAGAACAAGUUAUUCCAAUAUUGUGUUAG